AUGAGCACAUGGGCUGCUGGAGGGAGUAAGGCUGUUUCUGCCUGGGCCACCUCUGGGUUUUGGUUUAGGUCUGGCUCUGGGUCCAGGUUUAGGUCUGGCUCUGGCACCAGCUUAAUCUUUGGGUCCUUCUUUUCCAGCCUGUCCCUGUCUCUGCUGCUAGCACUGCUGCUCUCCCUUUCCCUCCCUGUGGUUGUCUGCCACCAAGCUCUCUACAGAGGCAGGCUCCAGCCACAUAGCCCCAGGCUCCAGCCACAUAGCCCCAGGCUCCAGUCCCCCAGCCCCAGGCUCCAGUCCCCCAGCCCCAGCCUCCAGCCCCCCAGCCCCAGCAGUCCUCUUAGGGCGCCAGUGAAUAGUUCCCUGGCUGCGUCCAGGGUUGGAGAAACUGGAGGUUCCUUGGAAAGGAUAGGGGGUCCACUGGGGAGGCACGUACGUAGCUACAACCACCUGCAGGGAGAUGUGCGGCAGAGGAAGCUCUUCUCCUUCCAGAAGUUCUUCCUGCGGAUUGAUAAGAAUGGCAGAGUCAAUGGGACCAAGAGCAAAGACGACCCCCUCAGUAAGUAACCACAAGAGUAUGUUUUUUAAUUUGUAGGAGAGUAAAAGAGGAGGAAACAGAGGUUCAGCCAUAGCGUAUUGAAAAUAAUCCAUUGUGUUGUCGAGGCUUUCCUCACUCUUUUGGCACGGUCUUCACUACAGAAUAUCAUACAAAUUACAGAAAAAAAAAGAAAAUUAUUGACUUGCGUUGAAUAACUUUACUGUAUGUAUGGAAAGACAGGUUUCCAGCACAACUUUUUUAGCAUUGAUCGUCAAUACGGCAUGUUGAAUCUAAAUGGUGGCAAGAUCUGUCUCCCAGCCAUUCACGGAUGGCAGACCUGUUCAUUCUUAGAUCUAGGCGAAACAUUCCUGACAAGAAGCUCCCUACUGUAUCUACCAGACAUCCUUGUGAUAUCUGUCCUGUCCCGACAUUCCGCACAAUGAUGGUAGCGCUCAGAUGAUUAAAACAGGACCAGGGAGGGAGAGAUUACCAACCUGUUAUCUGUCCGUAUUCACAGCCCAGAGUCAACAGUACUGAUAACAGCUAGAGAGGAGCAGGACUGGGGGUAGGAGAGGAUAUGCCAAUCACUACCAUGCUCUAAGAUGCUCUCACACACAUCCAGUCCGCUUAAUUUAAGUCCACAAAUAUUGCACAUAAUGCUGAUGCCGUGUGGUUUAUGAUCAAUGCAGUAUAAUGUGAAUGUGAUCUGGUUAAUUUACAGAGGUACAGAAACAUAAAUGUAGAUGUUUUGUACUCAUGCCCUAUUCAAAUCAAAUCAAAUCAAAUUGUAUUUGUCAGAUGCGCCGAAUACAACGUGAUGGAUAGCCUAUCACGCUCAGUAGAGAGAGCAUUAGUUACACUAUGAAUGUGUCACAGAUUAUAUUUUACAAGUACGUUACAGUGAAAUGCUUACUUACAAGCCCUUAACCAACAAUGCAGUUUUAAGUAAAAUAAAAGUUAAGAAAAUAUUUACUAAAGUAAAAAAGAAUAACAAUAAUGAGUCUAUAUACAGGGGGUACCGCUACCAAGUCAAUCUGCUGGGGUACAGGUUAGUCAAGGUAAUUUGUACAUGUAUAUGCCUGAAUAACUUAUUGUAACACUUUGUUGCUGUCUUCACUGUAACUCUUGUUAUUUAGCGUGCUCAGUGUACUGUUGUAAUAAUAACUUGGAUAAAUGUACUAUAUCUACUAUGCAUCCCCUUUCUAUCAACCCACUCAUUCCAAUAAGUUAAGUGUGUGAGCCUAUCUGUGUGCGGGCACGCACAUGCUCAAGUGGGGGUGUGUUCGGAUGUAGCAAACCAAGCAACCAGAGACACAUGUGCCCACUUAAACUACAACCCCCCCCCACACACCCCCACCACCCCCACACACCACCCCCCAUCCCGUGUAUAUGGAAGUCUUUAGCGUUUCUCCUGGGAGUUCUAAACCACAAAAUCAAUCAAAGAGGCUUAUGGGAAAGAGUAAGGGAAGUAAAAAUGUAACUAUUGGUGUUUGUUUUGACAAGAAGAUGACAGAAAUGUCUUUAUAGACCCUACGCUUUUAUAUAAAUGGGGCGGCAGGUAGCUUAGUGGUUAAGAGCGUUGUGCCAGUAACCGAAAGGUCGCUGGUUCUAAUCCCCGAGCCGACUAGGUGAAAAAUCUGUCGAUGUGCCCUUGAGCAAGGCACUUAACCCUAAUUGCUCCUGUAAGUCGCUCUGGAUAAGAGCGUCUGCUAAAUGACAAAAAUGUAAAUGUCUUUAUAGACUUUACACUGUCUUUAUUUGACAGUGAGGCAUAAAUGCUAUGAAUUUCAAUAGGCCCCUUUUGGGUAUUUGUGACAUAGUACAACAGCCAGGCCAGCAAUGUCUUCACUAAGAUGAUCGGCGGCUUCAACGUGAAGCUAGUAGGUGUUAACUUCUUGAAUCUUUCUAUUGUCUCUCAUCACUCUCACAAUUAUUUAUACAUCAGGCUAUAAUACUACAGUACUACUAGUAUAUAUUAGUAAUAUACUGCAGUAUACAAUACUAAGCCUCUGCAAAAGGUGACCAAGUUUAUCUUUGGGUUGGGUAUGACUGCAGUGGUAGGGGAGGUUGGGGCAGGGUACUAAUUCAUGAAUGACAUGGUUGAACAUCAUUGUGGUCACAUCAAAGCCGCGAGUGUUCAGUAUCAAUGGUGCUGUCAUAAAGUCAUUUCCUGGGGGGGACUGAGGACAGUGUGUGUGGAUUAUAUGGCCCACUAUCAGGUUCAUAGGGAAAGAGAUACUACAGGAGAGCAGCUCCGGUCUCUGCUCUGGCCCAGGGCCUAGACAUGAUCCCUGGGAUGAUGUCCUUUGUAGCUCCAGAAAAUGACACAACAUCAGGUUUUUGCCAACGAUUCUGUGGUAAUGCCCAGUUAAAACCACUGGGUUGAUAGAAAAUAAUAGCAUCAUAAUAAUGGAUUUACUGUAUGAAUAAAACUAGAAAAGUACAUUUCCUAAAGAAAAUAUGUUUGCUUGUUCUUGCUAUCAGCAAGCAUGUGGAAAUCUUUCCAUAGAUAUUUAAAAUCAUGCUGUUUGUGCAGUACAGAAGCAUAUCUGGAGACCAAGUUGCCAAUCUUUCACUAGUCAUUCUUAUUACCCCUCCUUUUUGGAGAUAUGAUUUAGGUCCAGUUUGUUUGUGUGCAAGGCUGAGACCCGAGCUUUGAAACCUGGUUACAACAGUGUUGCGAAUGAGGGGGAACAACUGGUAUUGGGCUUGAACUACCAACCUUGCUAGCAAAGAUCUCGACAGAUGUAGAGGUGGUGGUUUUGGGGGCUGCCCUGGGAGGACCCUGCUCUUGUCUGUUUAAGAGCAUGUAUCCAACCUCCCAUAGAUUUAUGAGGAUGCCUGUGAAAAACUGUCCCACAUGGCGUUCCAUCAUGCUGGGAUUCUGCUGGGAGAGAGGGCUGGAAUAGAUUCCCAACAUGGCGCUUUGCAAAAAGAAGUGCAUGUACAUAAAGCUACACAUCAGCUUAUAAAAGCAACUCAACUUAUCGAUAACUUGGUUUGCUAUGUUGUUGCAUCUCACCACAUUUGAAAAGCCUAAAAUAUUUCAAAUGAAUUAUACACAGUUACUGAGAACAGUAAUGGUGGACUCGAACAGUUCUAACUGAGGCCCUAACAGAUGUCUGGCGGCGGACAGAUUAGUCUAAUUUCCCCAAGCUGGGAUGGUGUGAGUGUGAGCUCAGCCUGUCAAGAGAGCAGGAGGGCAAUACAGGAGGCCACCAAAUGUGUUUGUGUCUUUCUCUUCCCGGGAGUCAUGUGUGCUGAGGCGCCUCCAGACUGGGACUGGCAUGUUCCUCAUUCGCUCUGUGUGUGUGUGUGUGUGUGUGUGUGUGUGUGUGUGUGUGUGUGUGUGUGUGUGUGUGUGUGUGUGUGUGUGUGUGUGUGUGUGUGUGUGUGUGUGUGUGUGUGUGUGUGUGUGUGUGUGUGUGUGUGUGUGUGUGUGUGUGUUUGUGUGCCCCUCAGAAGGGAAACCACAGCCAGUUCUCUCAGGGACACUGAGAUAUGAGAUGUGAAGAUGUUUAUGGAGGUGGAGAGAGGAAGGGUAUGAACAAACUAAUUACAUUCAAUGUGGUCCUAAUCUGCAUUACAGCUGAUUUAUGUUUCUGUCAUUCCCAUAUUUCAACAUGACAAUACAGUUGGAAUGGUUUCAGAUAUCUAAGUAUAUGUUUUCCUUAUUCUUAAAUCAAAUAGGCUACAGUGUAUCUGUACUGUAAGCUCCAUUUUUUGGAGACAACACUUUUUUUUUCGAAGAGUAAACUUCCAGGUACCACGAAUAGCAAUGGCAAAAUCCACCUUUACCUGGAAACCCACUGUGGAAAAUCCACAUUUACCUGGCAACCCAUUAUGGAAAACCCACCUUUAAUUCACAUUGGCAUUGUUUGCUCCCAUUCCACCCGAACGCACCAUUUACUGCAGUAACUACAAACAGAGCAUAUCAAAUGAGCCACACAUUAGGAGGAAGAGUCCAGCAUGCAACCAAUAUUUCCCUAAAUAAACAGUUGGAGAUGUGUGGUUGACCCAGGUGUAAUAUGUUGAAUGAAAAACACAUUUGUCCUAAUGGCUUCUGUUAGUUUUUUUCCGCCCUUGCGGCGUUGUAGAUAUCAUUCCUGGGUGAGCAAGUAGACAGUAGUGCUGAACAUGAAUCAUCACAGACCGAGUGGAUACGGGUGGCUUUUCUCUAUAGAGAAAUAUUGUAGAGACUGUACAUAUGUGUGUGCAUGUGUGUGAGCAUGCAUAUGGGUGUGUGUACACAAUGCUUGCUCGCAAGUAUAUGCACACCUAUGUGUGUGUGUCUGGAACUCUGUGUGUGUGUGUUCAGACUUCAUACAAACCAUCUCGCCCCAGCCUCCGGUGUGUGUGUUUGAUCAGUGGUCAUUAAGGUCUUUCUAAUCCUCCUCUAUCUGUCUCUCUGUCAUGGCUCAUCUGUCCUCCUCUGUUCUCUCUCCUUUCAUCCCCAGCAUGUUUACAGAGGGACCAGAGACAGCGUUAGAUAGUCUUACAGCCUCACUCGAUACCUGAAACCUGAUCCCUUACUGAAGCAACUCUCAGAUCUUCAAUGGCCGUUGUGUCAUGGUCCCUACCACCACUUCACCUGCCGGUGUGAACCUGUUUGAACUGGAAACUAAUGCAGAGGCUACCUCGCUGAUGUGAAGACAGGGGUGUAGGUCACAGUAUAUUUCGAAGGGCAUUUUUUUCAGGACACCUGUUUCACACAGCACCUUUAGACGGUCCGACCACAAGACAGGGAACUUGACAGUGACACAGGCGGCUUCACUUACUCAUCAGGGAGGAAGGAGGGGAACUGCUCUGGCAGUCUGAUCAAAGACCAUCGUCAUGACAACUCCCUGCAGUGUGUGUGUGUGUGUGUGUGUGUGUGUGUGUGUGUAUGUGUGUGUGUGUGUGCGUGUGUGUGUGUGUGUAUCAGGAUAACAACAGCACACAGGAAGUGGGGAGAGGAAGUGAAGGAGGGUGUCAUGAAAUCAAACGUGCCAUAGGAUCCAGAGAGGGGCCAUUAACACACACCAGUUUCAGAUUAGAUAAAUGUGUGUGUGUGUGUGUGUGUGUGUGUGUGUGUGUAUGUGUGUGUGUGUGUGUGUGUGUGUGUGUAUCAGGAUAACAACAGCACACAGGAAGUGGGGAGAGGAAGUGAAGGAGGGUGUCAUGAAAUCAAACGUGCCAUAGGAUCCAGAGAGGGGCCAUUAACACACACCAGUUUCAGAUGAGAUAAAUGUGUGUGUGUGUGUGUGUGUGUGUGUGUGUGUGUGUGUGUGUGUGUGUGUGUGUGUGUGUGUGUGUGUGUGUGUGUGUGUGUGUGUGUGUGUGUGUGUGUGUGUGUGUGUGUGUUUGUGUGUGUGAUAAGUGGGCUCUCUGGUCAACAGACAGAUUAGGAAGCUGUAUCUCUCUGACCUCUCUGAUACUACGGACACACAAAUAACCUCAGCUGUCUACAACAGCAGCAUGCUAUGCUUACUGCCGUAUAAUUCAACCUCUUCUAAUGGCUUUCGGGAAAACAGAAUAUUUGCACUGGGAAUUGGGGGCUUACAUACCAAACGAGCCAAACUAUUCACAAAUAAAUCAAACCUGCACUUAUUAUAAUCCUCAUGCCAAAUUAGUUAUUAAGCUGAAGUCUGUUCUUCUGUGUAGACUGUGGAUCUACGUAGAUGAAGCACACUUAUAUGGGUGAUAUGAAGGAUGGAUGGAUGGAUGAAAACUCUACAGUUUAAGAGAUUCUUCAGGCUUUUCUCUUAACUAUGAACAAGAGUAUUAGAGUACCAUAAAUCUGACCGAUAGCAUGACAGUUGGCUAUGAACCCACAUGAUUUCAGCUAGAGGCUUUCUCAAACACAUCUAGGUAAUGUUUUGUCUUGAGAAAGGCUCUACAGUGUAAAAAAAAUAAAUUGCUCUUUGGAUCAACAGAUUUUAUUUUUUACUUCAGCUGGUUACAAGUUAAUCUGUUAGGUUUUCUCAAUUAAAAAAUAUAUGAUUCAAUGCCAACUGUUAUAUUUGAUUAUUAACAAACCUAUAUUUGAAGUUGCAACCUAUUUAUUUUCAACACAUUUAACUCACUUUUCCCAUUUGGUUAAACCUAAUAAACAACACAAAUACAAACUAAUAUUUCAUGUAAGGAGAGGUAGGCAGACACUCCUGAUAGUUCUACAAGCUCUUAUCUAAUUUAUAUGACUACAGCAGAUCCAGAACACAUUCCAUAGCUUCUAUUUAGUCUGCCUCUGUGUUCUGGUCUAGGCCAAGAGUAUGUCUGUGGUCUGCCUUAAAAUUCCCUGCCUGAAUGGUUACAGAUUUCCCCUAAGUGGUCAUGAUGAUUAUAAACGGUUUAUAAAAUGUAUCACUUGUUUCUAAAUGAUUAUACAUGUUUUUUGUGUGUGUUCUCAGGUAUUCUGGAGAUCACGUCAGUGGAUGUGGGGGUGGUGGCUAUCAAAGGCCUGGGCAGUAACUAUUACCUGGCUAUCAGCAGGAAGGGAGAGCUGUAUGGAGCGGUUAGUAUCCGGGUCAGAGGUCAUUCAACAAGCCUCAAAAAUAUACACUUAGAUUCCUUUUGUCUUUAUCACAAGAGUUCUUAUCUUUGGAGCUGGGUUCACUUUUAACUAAUGGUGCAGUGGAAACUAUCAGAACUUCAAAGAGCACACUUUCCAAACCAAGUGCAUAUGAUUCAAAGAGGAAAUUGGAGGUCAGCAGGUCAUGACUACAGUGCUAAGUGACAUUAGAAUAUAUCCCAUCUAUCACUGUAACAGAUUUGCAUAAUUAACUAGUUCUAUUGAAUGUACCCCUCUAGUACAUGGUACUAGUAAUAUGGUACAUCUUGACUAAGUUGAAUUGGUUGUCAGUUAGCUAACUAGAUGUUAUUAGACAGUAGUUGCCAUAUUAUUCUUGUUACUAAGUAUUGUUUGUUUAUUUUGUUUUUACAUUUGGACACUUGGACACUUGAAAAUGAGAUGGUGCAUCUCAAGAGAUUUAAUUCUGCAAAUUUCAAAUAAAUUAAUAUGCAGAAUAAAUAAAUAAAAACAGUACAUGAACUAUAACUAUAGUAUUCUCACAUCCUUUGCUAGUGUAUGCACUUCACAAAUGAAAAUAGUUGAUUCAGUAUAAAAAUGUAUUGAGUCGGUAUCCAAAUACACAUUUGAGAAUGUAACCCAAUAAUGUCCUUUGUUCUUCCAGAGAGAGUUUGGCAUUGACUGCACACUGAAGGAGCGUAUUGAGGAGAACGGCUAUAACACCUACGCCUCAGCCGAGUGGAAGAACAAGAAGAGACAGAUGUUUGUGGGCCUGAGUGUCCACGGGAGGCCACUGAGAGGGAAGAAAACACGGAGGAGGAAUACAGCCACCCACUUCCUCCCCAUCAUGGUGUGA